AACCCUGGCAAUAACUUGCACGUCAGUGGUGUCUCCAACCGCCUCGACGACAGAGCUCUGGAGGAGGCUUUCUCCAAGUUUGGUAAGGUCCAAAAGGCGCAGGUCAUGUACGACCCUCACACUCGCGAGCCGCGUGGUUUCGCUUUUGUGACGAUGGAGACCGCUGAGGAGGCUGAUGCCGCCGUUGAAGGUAUGAACGGUACCGAGCUCUCUGGCCGUGUCCUCAGCGUUCAAAAGGCCCGCAGAGGCCGUGCUCGCACGCCUACUCCAGGUCGCUACCACGGCCCGCCCAAGAGUAAGUUUCUACCCGGCUUCGUUACCCCCAUGGCUAUCUUUGCCAGCGACUGA